UGGAUAAACACUUUAAUGUAAAAACAGUUGUCAAUAAAACUAUUGUUGAAGAAACUUUUGGAUUUUCUAAAUUGAAAAUUCUUUGUGGUAAAGAUAAUAUGUAUGCAACAGUGCAGGAGUAUGGUUGCAUAUUUGAGUUUGAUUACUCUAAAGUCUAUUGGAACUCUCGGUUGCAUAAUGAACAUAAAAGAAUUGUGUAAAUGCUAAAUCCAAACGAUGUUGUCUUUGACGUUUUUGCUGGAGUUGGACCAUUCUCUAUUCCAGCAGCUAAAAAGAAAUGUUUGGUUUAUGCUAACGAUUUAAACGAAUUUUCUUAUGAAACGCUGGUGCACAAUGCUGAACUAAACAAUGUCUGUGAGAAUUUUACAUGUUUUAAUAUGGAUGGCCGUGAUUUUUUAAAUGAAAUUGUAUGCAAGGAAAUUUGCUCCAUUAGUCACAAUAUUACAAAGCACAUUGUAAUGAACCUGCCUGCUUUAGUUCCUAGUUUUCUUGACAUAUUUAAGAAGAAAUAUGAUAACUUUGACAUACCAUUAACCCAAUGUAACAAAGUUUUUGUGCAUUGUUAUUGUUUCUGUAAAAGUAAAACUCCACAAGAAGACGCUGAGAGAUUAGUUUCAGAAUCUAUUGGUCUUGACAUUUCCACUAAUGCUAAAACCCACCUGGUGAAAAAAGUUUCACCGAAUGAAGUAAUGAUGUGUGUUUCAUUUAAAUUAUACUGGUUUGAGUCAAAAUGCAUCUGCGAGGAGGGUGAAACCUUGGUGACACGAAAAAGACCAGGGGAAGGUGAUUUUUAUCCUGUCAUUGUGGAAAAGUCUAGACGUUCAGAUGAAUAAAAAGAGACAUCAUGCAGAUUGAUAACUGGUCUCCACUGGACAAUGGCGGCAAUGAAAUCAUCUUACUAUGAUACAAAUUUGAUAAGAUGUGAUGUAUUACUUUUAGUUAUAUUAUGCAUACAAAUUAACAUUUUUUCCAAGUACAGUUCACAUGCAUGACGAAACUGUAUUCUUGAAACUCAAGUGGUUUCAAUUAAUGUUUUUGCCAUGUGUCUGUGUAACAACAUUUAGCAACAAAUUUUGUAUGGGAAGCGAAUUCCAUUGGUACAAAGUUUGUGCUGUUUCUGGGGUUUUUUACCUGCGACUAUGAUCCAUAUUGUUUGAUGACGUAACUACACUUACAGAAUAAACCUCUGUUAGGAUCAUUUCUUCAAUUGACCUGCAAGCAACAUGGGUUUUUUAGAAGAUAAAACAGUGUUUUAGUAAGAUAAUAAUCAUUACUGAAUUAAAAAAGGUAUUUUCUUUGAAAUAUGGAGUCUGAUUAAUAGUUCAUUCUAUAGUUCUAUUUGGUUUUGAUGCAUCUUGUUAGUAGGAUAACAACAAGAUAUUUGGAGUAAGUCAUUUUAUAGAGUAAGAUGUUAUUGUUAUGUUUUUUUGAGUUCUUCUCAGUUAAUAAAAAAGUGACUUUGUGUCUUUACCUUAUUCUAGUACUCUAAUCAUAUGUGUUUUUAUUUGAAACUUAAAAACGUACAUGUUUUUUAUAGAAACAACAACAGUUGAUGUGCUUUUUUAUAAGCCUGAAAUGUUUUUUCGUUAAAAAAUAAGGAACUAAUGGCCAGAUUAAUGGAAAAUGUAGUUUUAUUUAUAAAAACAUACAUGCAUAAUAGUACAGAAAAAACAAAAGUAUUUGGUCUUUUAUUAAUCCUAGACUCAAUGUUUAUUCCUUUAACUUUUUAAGGGAUUCAGGCAAAGUAUUUCUUAACAUGUUCUGUAUAAUGUUUGACACAUCUAAUGAAGAACAUAAGCUAGGUUCUUUUAAAAAACCAUGUAUUGCAUUUUACUAAGUCUUGAGCUUAUCUUAUUUUCAAUCUGUUUGCUAUCUUGUUUGUUUGUUUGUUUGUUUGAUUGUUUUGCUUGUUUAUGUACCAGCAGUUCAAUGCUCUCUAUAAUUUUUUGACCUGUGAUGCCUAAAUUUUAAAAAUUGUUAAAAACUGUUUUGGCCUGUUUUCUGGUUUGUAAACAUACAAUUAUGUCAUUUUUGUCUGGAUGAUGUCAUUCAGAUCUUUUUUAUUCUAAUUAUUUAAGGUCAAGCAAAUUUAGGGGCUUAAGAACAUUGUGAGUGAGAGAGAGAGUUGUUAAUACUUUGUUUUGUUUUAUUUCGUUCUUGUGUGAGGUUAUUACUGAUCUUUUAGGCAAAAACCCUUUUUAUGUGCAUUUUUAGUUACUUAAUUUGCUCUGCUGUUAAAGUGUAUCAGCAUUGGUUAUCAGAAUAAUGAAUCCUAUAUUUUCAUGUAUUUGAUUUUUAGGAUAUAUCAAUGCAUGCAUAUGCGUAAUUUGUUGAUAAUCUAAUAUCUUAGUAGGGAAUUCCUAUUAAGUUGCUUUCUAAAACUGGCAUUUUGGUUACAUGUUACACUAUUUGCUUUUAUUUACUUUCUGGCAUAUAAAGCUGUUUAUUUAUAAAAGUUAAAUUAAUUGUAUGAAUAAUGUAUAAAUCAUACUUGGUCGAGACAACCCACUAUUUAAUCUCAGAUUGUUUAUUAUAUUUCACUUGAACCACUCUCACAACAGCAGCAGUAAGCUUUUGGUGGCCCGGGCUCAAUUUUGCAUAAGGAACAGACAGAUAAUGUAUGUAAUGUAGAUUGGUCUUUAAACCAUGUUAGCUCUUCCUGAAAUACUGUGGUUGGCUUGAACUUUUGCCAUUGAUAUGUAAAGAAUUUAUAUGCUUUCUCUUGUUUGUGUACAAAUAAUUUGAGUUAACCAUGUGUUAUUUGAGUUAACCAUGAAUUAAACUUUUAUUAAACAAAAUUUUUCCUGUAAUAGAUGAUCACAUCAGCAAAAACAAAAUCUUAUAGUGGUUUUAGUAGUAGCCAGAAUGCUCAAAAUGAGCAUUCCACUUACUACCAGAACUUUAUGAGCAUGGAGUAAAUAAUUUCAUGUGAAGUUUGCAAUAAGUUGUAUUAUGCUGAUCAAUAAAUUUGUUCGUCAACUUUUUAACACAGCGUGAGAAAUUAGCUUUAAAAGCCAGGAAAAAAGUUUAUCCAUAGGUGUUGAAACUCUCAGGUGAGGUAAAAAUUGCACCCUAUUUCCUAAGCAGAUGUUGACACCUAUAUCUCCUGUUGACUUGAUUUUAUUCAUGUUUUAUCUAUGUAGAUUUAACAGUAUGGAUCAGAAUAAAAAGGAGGAAAAAAAGAAACAGAAAAAGAAAGAUCCUGUGACUAAUUUUACUUCUCUCUUACCAGAAGGUGUUCGAAAUAUGAAAGAACUUAAUCGUGAUAUGUUCACUGUUAGUGCUGUUUUUCCAUGUAUAAAAUGCAGACCAAUCUCUUGUGGGAAAAUUUCAUCUAUGUUUCGUCAUCAAUUAAUAAACAGAUCAAAUUUCAAAAGAAUUCGGGAUGACCGUGAUAGUGUUGAAAAAAGCAAAAUAAUUUUACUGCGGCCUGACAUCAGAUCCUUGGAUGAGUUUACAACAAGUCAGAAAAGUAUUUUAGAUGAAGAAGGAGCAACGUUUACAAGGCAUGAAAUUGAGUUGACUUAUAAAGAUUUUAAUUUGGAAGAGAUCCUGAAAAAGGUUUUGCCUAAAAACACAGAGGAGUUGGUUAGUUCUUUUGAAACUGUUGGACAUAUUGCACAUGUUAACCUUAAAGAAAACUUGCUGGAUUUUAAGCAUCUGAUUGGUACGUUGUUGUUGGAUAAGAAUCCCAAUAUCAAAACAGUUGUCAAUAAAACUAAUUCUAUUGAAGAAACUUUUAGAUUUUUUAAAAUGGAGCUACUUGCUGGUGAAGACGAUAUGUAUGCAACAGUGCAGGAACAUGGUUGUGUAUUUAAGUUUGAUUACUCUACAGUCUAUUGGAACUCUCGGCUACAAACCGAACAUCAAAGAAUUGUGGAAAUACUAAAUCCAAACGAUGUUGUUUUCGAUGUUUUUGCAGGGGUUGGACCAUUUGCUGUUCCAGCAGCUAAAAAGAAAUGUGUGGUUUAUGCCAACGAUUUAAAUAAAUUUUCUUAUAAAGCACUGGUGCACAAUGCUGAACUAAAUAAAGUCAGUGAGAAUGUUAAAUGUUUUAAUAUGGAUGGUCGGGAAUUUUUAAAUCAGGUUAUAUGCAAGGAACUUUGUUCUAUAAGUCACAAUGUAACAAAGCAUAUUGUAAUGAACCUGCCUGCUUUAGCUCCUACUUUUCUUGAUGUAUUCAAGGAGAAAUAUGAUAACUUUGACAUACCAUUAACCCAAUGUAACAAAAUUUUUGUGCAUUGUUAUUGUUUCUGUAAAAGUAAAACUCCACAAGAAGACGCUGAAGUAUUAGUUUCAGAAUCUAUUGGUCUUGACAUUUCCACCAAUGUUAAAACCCACCUGGUCAGGAGAGUUGCACCGAAUAAAGUUAUGAUGUGUGUUUCAUUUAAAUUAUUUUGGUUUGAACCAAAUGCGUCAAAAUGCACAUGUGAAGAAAGUGUGACGUUGGUAACCAGAAAAAGACUGAUAGAAGGUGGUUGUUAUUCAAUUGUUGCUGAAAAAUCGAAACGUUUAGAUAGUUAGAGACAUAUCAUUCCUGUGAAGAACAGUAGCAACAAACACAGUGGCAGCAUUGUUAACCUGUCUUUAUUAACCUGUAAAUAUAAAGUGAAAUCAGAUGUAUGCAAACUAAUGUGCUUGGAUUUUAAAAACGAUUUUUAUUUUACUUCAUAUACAUACUAUUGUCUUUAUUAUUUGUUUAUA